AUGCGAAUUUAUAUUUUUUCAAGUUCUCGAGUAAACUUGAUUUUAAUUUUUCUACUUAAGGAAGUGAGACGUUUACUUCGUGAUACUCGCGUUAAAAUUUCUGAUAGUGAUGAUUCUGAUGCUACUGUAAUAAAAACUGAUGGGGAUGAUUCUGAUAGCGACUCAGAAAGAAAGAAUCGAAGAGCUAAAUCCAAAAGACUGAAACUCAAGGAUCCUAAUUCUGAUGAAAAUGACGUUUCAAAUAAACCGUCCUCUUCUAAAAUAAUUUCACCAGACGAACCAAAAAAACGAAUGACUGCCAAAAAAUCUCAUAUAGGCAAAAAUCGCAAAGGCACAAAUUUGGACGGUCCAAAUAGGAAGAAAAGGCGGAUUAUUUAUUCUGACGAUGAUGGAGAUGUUCAUUCAUUAGAUGGAGACGAAAAUAAUAAAAUUAGUGAUGAGGAGAAUUUUCAAAAACAAGUAGGCCGAAGGAAAGUUAUUCCGAAGGAAAAAUUGGCUCAAGCGACUAAAGACGCGGAGAAAGCUGAAAAGGAGCGACGAAAGCGGUUAGAGGAGAAACAGCGCGAGUUCAAUGGGAUUGAAAUGAUCAUUGAUGAGUCUGGCAAUACAUCUCUAAUCAGUAUAGUUAUUUUAUAUUCUUAUAAUUAGGAUGGAGAGAAAAUUUUUUGAAAAUUGAACGACCAUCAAAAAUUUAAUUUUAAACUUAAAGAUGAACAAUCUGUUCCCAAAUUGAAAAAUAUCAUUUUGGACCGAGACAGUGAGAGUAAUGCUCCAGUUCCCGUUCGAGUACAUC